UCUACUGUUCCUGUGGUCCGUUCUUGUUGCCAGAAACUUUUUGUCUCGGUGCUUCCUGGUCCACUUAUAUCGUGUUUGUCUAGCGAAAACACCGCUAGUAUGGUGUAGUUCUGAUCCUGACAGACUGUGAAAAACAUUGCAUAACAAUUUCCCUCUCUUGGUAACAAUUGCAGCCAUUGUUGUGUUCCGUCAUCCGUGAAGGCCAUGGCAUUUUAAUCUCGCUGAAAAAUGAAAUGCAACUGUGAUUAAAGAGGCGUUUAACCAAGUUGAGAGAAGCAUGGAGAUUUGCGAGGAAAUUAGUUAUUUUGCACAGCUGCACUGAUGGGAAACAGAAUAUCAAGAUGCUACCCGUCGCGGUGCAGGAAAUAUAGGGACGACAAAACCCUUGGUGGUGAGCAAUUAUCACCAACCAAUACUGCCAGUGAUCAUCCACUUUUAGGCCCAGAAAUUAGUAGCGAAGUAGGCCAACCAGCAAAUAAAGAUGACAAUGAACAAACGAAUGAUUUGGCCCCAGUCGAGCCGGUAGCCCCACCAAAAUUGGUUUAUGUGGGGAUUUACGAUUUCAAUGGGAAGAACGAUGGGGACCUGAGUUUUACAAAAGGAGAAGAAAUCGAGAUUUUGAACAGCGCGGAAGGGGGUUGGUGGUAUGGUUUGUCUCUCAAGAGCCGGGCCGUCGGCUACGUUCCUAGCAAUUACAUCGAGCCGGUUAAUUCAUUAAAAUCGCAAGACUGGUAUUUCGGGAAACUGCGCCGUGCUCACGCCGAGAGAAUGCUCUUAAUUCAAGGCGAAAAUGGAACGUUCAUUGUUCGUGAAAGCGAGAGUCGACCAAAUGACUUUUCACUAUCAGUGAGAGACGGGGAUGGAAUAAAACAUUACAGAGUGCGCAGCCUUGACAGUGGAGGCUACUACAUCAGCACAAAGCUGCGUUUCUCUAGCCUGCCUGAGCUCAUUCACCACUAUAUGCAUAGUGCAGAUGGGCUUUCAGUUCGAUUGGUGAAGCCAUGUCCGGCAGAGUCACCAACCUUGCAUUCGCUGUCACAUAAAGACCCGUGGGAAGUACCACGGGACAGUAUUACAUUUAGCACAAUUUUAGGCAAGGGUCAGUUUGGUGAAGUAUGGGAAGGAAGGUGGAAUGGCGCUAUUGAAGUUGCAGUGAAGACAUUAAAGGCGGGCAGCAUGAGCAAGGAGGACUUCUUGAAAGAGGCAAUGGUCAUGAAAAAGUUGUCACAUCCGAAACUGGUCCAGCUUUAUGCUAUAUGCAGCGACUGUGACCCCAUCCUCAUUGUUACCGAGCUACUCCGACAUGGUAAUUUGCUGAAGUUUCUGCAAGAGAAGCAGGGGAAAUCGCUGAAGCUUCCUGAAUUGAUAGACGUGUCGGCCCAGGUCGCCUUGGGCAUGGCCUACUUAGAGAAAAACAAUUUCAUCCACCGUGAUUUAGCUGCAAGGAACGUGCUUGUUGCUGAUAAAAACAUCGUCAAAAUAGGAGACUUCGGCCUAUCGAGGUUCCUGACUGAUCAAAACGAAAUCAAGGACCAUUCUGAUAUUAAAUUUCCCAUAAGAUGGACUUCUCCAGAAGCUGCCCUGGAAAAGAAAUUCUCUACUAAAUCUGAUGUUUGGUCCUUUGGAAUUUUGUUAUACGAAAUAAUCACGUAUGGUCGAUUGCCUUACCCAGGAAUGUCCCACCAAGAGGUUCUGGCCAGCAUCAAGACCGGCUACCGGAUGCCCCAGCCAGAUGGCUGCCCCAAUGACCUUUAUCAGCACAUGCUACGGUGCUGGAAGGCCAAUCCAGAGGAACGGCCUACUUUCGAAUCGCUUAGGUUUGACUUAGAGGACUAUUUUAUCAUUGAAAAUGGUAAUUACAUGGAUACUGGCGCGCUAUGAGUUGCCUAUUCGACUUUGCGAAAUCAGGGAUAAAUUCAAGAUCAAUUGAAUUGUAACUUUGCAUUCAUCUAGAAGUUAAUCUGUGAUCCUCAUUCUAGAACUGGUCGUGCCUGAGUCUAUUUUUAGGUAUAAAUUUUGUGUCCGCUUGUAAUAUUAAGCAGUAGAAGGUAUUUUAUUGUAGAUCAUAGAUCCUGCCACUCUACCGAUUUUUGCCCCGAAUUUUAGAUUUUAAUUAGAUUAGUUAGUUUUUUUAUAAAAUAGCAGGAGGCAUGUCAUCCCCGCCCCGCGUGAAACGAGAAAUAGCUGAUUAUUGAAAUACCCAACUCAUGUAUUAUAUGACAAUUGUUGCAGAUCAAAUCUAUAUUUCCAAUGCAAUAUACAGGUAUUUGUUGUAACAAUCUCAAACAUACAUCUGAAAGAUGUAUUCAAAAUAACUAGUGAAUGGUUAUUUUAUUGUUACUGCCUCAGUAGUCUUAUUUUCAAUUAGGUCAUCUGUGAAUACACUCCUUUUUGUAAGGACAAUUUUAUAGGAAGCCUCAAAAUUUAUCAAAAGUUAAGAACAAAUUUAGAAUAAGCUGAAGUUGAGCUGCUGUGGAAUGUAAUUUUGAACAAUGUUUAUCUCAAAGGGUGCUUCUUCGGUGAACAUUUAAACUUGUCGGCAAAUAAAGAAUGUCUCACCAUUCACUAAUUAACAAUUGCACUGCUUACACCCAAGCAAGAAUAAUUUAAGAGCAACCCAACCUCAGAUAUUCGAAAAAAUUAAGAACUGCUAAGAACUGCUAGCCUAAACUUCAAUGUGCUGGUUCUUGUAAAAAAGAGUGUAUUGCGAUUUGUUGUUGAACUAGAAAACCUAAUUGCCUUUGAAUCUUAUUAAUUACGAAAUUUAAUGAAACAUUACACUUUGAGUGUAAAAAAGCCUUGAGGGACAGAUUGUCUCUUGUGUCAAUUAGUCUAUUGGAUGGAUAAUUGCCGUGUCUUCCUCACGGACAAUAGAGCUAGGUGUUUUAAUGCAGUCAACGAAAUUGACGCGAGGCCAAACGUUUCUUCUCCUGAUGACGUUUUUCCAAAAGACAUUAUUUAUUUUAUGUAUGCAGUCGAUGAUAAAUUGGUAAUUUUGUAAGUAAAUGUGA